GAACAGUUUCCUGGUUAAAAACCUCAACGUAAUCGCAUUUCCUUUCUAUGUUUCAAAAAUUACAACGACAGGGAACGCAUUCCAAAAACGACGGGGCGAUAUUUACAGGAGGAGGAACAAGCAACAUGUCUUGUGAAGAUAUAACAAAGCACAAUGGAGCUGAAGAACCAAAGAAGCAAAACAAGUCUUCACAUGGAAACGAGUGGAUUUAUGGAGAAAUUUCAAAUGGUGAACUGCAGAAAAAUCCCUUCAUAGGAAUGUCUUAUGGGCCACCCGCGAAGAAAGUGAAAAUUGAGGGCGAAGAGGACAAACAAACAGAACAGGAUCGAUCCACAAAUGAAAACCUGGUGAUAAGGUCAGAACCUUUCCCGCAACGAAGUACACCACCUCCGUUGUUUCUGCCUUCUGAUGUCACUGAAGACAAGAAGCCUUCUGUAAAUGAUAGUAGCGACUUGAAUGACGCUGUUACUAAGCAAUCAGUUGACAAUGACAACAAUAAUGACACGAAGAAGACUGAGGUGAAAACUGAGGAUGUUGUUGACGAUCCAUUUGGAGCUUUAGAUUGGAAAGACGGAAUUGCCACUUUACCAGGAAGCAACCUGAAGUUCAAACUGACUGAGUUUGGAACUCUGGAGAUUAUCAGCACCAUAGAAACAGACAAAGGCGAAUACGAGUGGAGCACACCCACGCAACACCGCAAGACAAGCACGGAUGAGAGAGAAAGCAACAAAAAGAGCAAGAAAAGCAAAGUUUCUGGGAAAAGCCCGAAUUCCUCGUCAAUAUCUCCGGACACCAGUAGCAUUCUGUGUUGUGAAGUCUGUGGGAAAUACGGCCUGCCUCAUGAAUUCUCCGCCUCUGGAAGGUUUUGCAGUCUGUCUUGUGUGGGCGUGUACACCGGUAGACGAAACAAAGGGCGGGAAUACGUUCGACAUGCUAAAACAGUGGACGGCAAGAUCGUCAAAAGGAAAAAGAAAGAUAAAUCUAAGAAUCAAGCUUUGUCGCCUCAUGAUGGGGAUUUGCAAAAUGAGACAUCACCUACACCAGAGAAUGACCAAGAAAUGUUGGGAGCUCGCCGGACGUUUAAAGUUAAAAGAAAACGAAUGAAAAACAAGUUGAAGUUUAAGAAAGCCUCCUUAAACACAACAGAUCUCAUGAAGGGCGAAGACGUUCCGUAUGACUCAACCAAACCUUUUGUAUGGGCAGAUUAUCUAGCAGCUUGUGGUUCAAAACCUGUUCCAACCAGUGUAUUUCUUCAGGAAAAUCCGUUUAUCGAUCUUGAAAACAAAACGUCUUGCGGAUUCGAACAGGACAUGAAACUGGAGGCGAUCGAUCCAAAGCACCCGUCGUACAUUUGUGUUUGUACCAUAGUCAGGGUAAAGGGCACCCGAUUGAGGCUUCAUUUUGACGGUUGGUCUGAGAGUUAUGACUUCUGGAGCAGCGCCGACUCACCAUUUAUUUUUCCGAUUGGCUGGUGUGAGAAGAACGGUCAAAAACUUCAUCCUCCUCGAAGUAUGUUAUCCUCCGAAUUCAACUGGGAUAAGUAUUUGAAGACUUGUGAGGCAAAAGCAGCUCCUGAAAAUCUCUUCAAACCUAUCUCACCAACUAAACACGGUUUUAAAAACGGUAUGAAACUAGAGGCCGUGGAUCGAAUGAACCCGGAUCUAAUCUGCGUUGCCACAGUAACAAAUGUGAUUGGCGACCACUUUCUAGUUCACUUUGAUGAGUGGGACGACUCCUAUGACUACUGGUGUGGGGAUGACUGCCCUUACAUUCGUCCUGUGGGGUGGUGUAAGGAGAAUAAUAGGAAUCUUAACCCACCCAACGACGACGAGUUUCAUACAUUUCGUUGGGAGGAUUACCUCAAAUCCACAGGAACCAUUGCUGCUCCAUCAUAUUUCUUCAAAACGCGGGCUCCGCCAAUUUUCGAAGUCAAUCACAAACUUGAAGCAGUUGACAAAAGAAAUCCCUCCUUAGUACGAGCCGCCACUGUGGCUGAAGUAAAUGAGUACCGACUGCGAAUACAUUUUGAUGGAUGGGAUGAUAUUUAUGAUGACUGGUUUGAGGCUGACAGCUUGGAUCUCUACCCAGUGGGGUGGUGUGAAAAGACAGGUCAUCCUUUGGAGACCCCCCUCACGACGCGUGAGAAGAUAUCAAGCGCGGCGUGUCCGACUCCCGGAUGUAAAGGAAUUGGACACGUGAAAGGCGCGAAGUACUCAACUCAUCACAGCACGUUUGGCUGCCCCUACUCUCUGCAGAACCUGAACAAGGACUCGUGUCUUGUCGAUCGACUUUCUAAUAAUUCCAUGACUGAAGAGUCGGAUUGGUCUUACGCCUCUAAACAAAAAUUAGCAGUGGUGAAAGCCAUUAAAGAAGAAAUUUCCACCAACCAAGGAGAUGGGACCUGUCCGACACCAGGGUGUGACGGGACCGGCCACGUGAGCGGACAGUGGAAGACACACUACACCCUGUCAGGUUGUCCUCGAGUGAAGCAUUUAUCAAAAUCUCCCUUAUCAAAAUCACCAACUGCAAAGAAACCCAGCUUUCUUCAUUCACCCACAAACAAGAGUUUUGCCGCAGGCAUUCCAGAAUCCAAUGUCAUUGGCACACGCAGUACCUCCAGGCGAAUUAGCUCCAAGGAGGAAAAGCCCGACUUUGCCAAAUGCAAAGUCGCAGAUAAAGCCAUCCAGCACGUGUCACCGUUCUCGUUCCCAUGGCCUCUCGGUAGCGGGUUUCCUACAGCGUUUCUAAGCGAGCUCAGGACUUCCAUUAGCCGUAAUAACAACGCUGCACUGUCCAGUGAGCGUCAGCGAAUGAUGGGCUGGGAUGUCAAUGACGUUGCCAGUCACGUAACAUGUCUGGGUUGUGGAGAUCAAGCCAAAAUUUUUAUUGAACAGCAAAUCGAUGGAGAGGCCUUCCUUUUACUCAACCAGAGCGACAUCGUGAACAUUUUAAAGAUCAAGCUUGGCCCUGCCUUGAAGAUCUACAACACCAUUCCAAAAUUUUGAUGUACUCACUCUUAGCUGUUUUAUACAAUAUAGACAAUUCAUUCGCCCCAGUCCCUAACGGCUGUGAAUAGCCAGGCACUGACAUACGUAAUCAGCGGUGGGCUUCCCUAUGAAAUUUCAUUUGAUAAUAUCAAAACGUCAAUCAAAAAUAAGCCUUGAGAAAUCUCGCAUCAAGGAAGAAUUUUUUAAACUAUUUUAAGUGAUCUACUUUAAACAUUAGUUAGAAACAAAUCGAAUAAACCUAGCUUCAUUGGAGAGAAUUUACGUUCGAUUUUACCUUUUUUGCGUUUCAACUAUCAAAAUUGGCAUCCACAUAUUAAAUACAUGCUAUGGUAGAUUUAGACUAAGGAAGAUGGGGCUCUCUCUAAAAAUUGCUGGGAGUUCAGCGUGUAGGAAUAAUCCUCACAGAGAUUUCUAUUAAAAUUUAACUUUUGGUCUUA